AUAUAUAGACAUACAAUUUAUGCACCUAGUCGAACUAAUCGUUAUAAUGCUCGUGGUUUUCCAACUAUAACUGAUGCUAUUGAAGAUCGUAAUAUAACUAAUAUUCAACAACAAAUAUCUAUUGUUACAUAUUUUAUUCAUUCGGCAAUUAGUGUUCUGCAACCUCCGAAUAAAAUUCAAUCAAUAUUAUAA